UUUUUUUUUUUUUCUAUUUUGGUCCAAUGUAUUUCCAACUUCCUUUUUAGGGUUUUUGUUACCACUAUUUUUCCUCCAUUCUUUCUUCUCUUUACAAUCCUUUCUACGCUUCCUCUAAUAAACGUAUACUUCUUUUCCUAUCAACAAUUUUCUUUAACUAAUUUUUUAAUUUUUUUUUUGCUAUAUGCAUGUUAUUACAUUCUUGAUUUAAUAAUCUUGUUUAAUUUACCUAAAAUGGCAAUAGGACAAGCUAGGAAUCUUUUUUAUUUGUGUUUAUGUAAGGAUAAAUUGUCAAAGUUGAGAUUUUUUUCAGUUUCUAGUAGGUUGUUACAAGAUAAUUUUAUAGAAUCAAAAAGAAUUCAAGAUUUUGGUGUUUUUGGACACCCUUUAUCAACCCCACCUCAAUUUUCAUCUUUAUGGAUUAAUCAAUGGAAAAGAUUGAAUCUUUUUGGUUUUUAUGGACACCCUUUUUGUAGUAUGGUGAGAAGUGAGGAUAAUGAAGAGGAUGUGUGUGGGAAGGGAGUGUUAGGGUGUGAGAAAAGAUUGAAUUUUGUUGAGGUAGGUAGUCGGGAUGCGGUCGAAAAUGGGGAUAAUGAGUUAGAAGUUUGUGAAAAUAGGGGAUUAGGGUGUGAGAAAAGAUUGAAUUUUGUUGAGAUAGGUAGUUGUGAUGCGGUCGAAAAUGGGGAUAAUGAGUUAGAAGUUUGUGAUUUGGAUGUGGAAGAGGGUGAGAGUGAGAAAGGGGCAUUAGGGUGUGAGAAAAGAUUGAAUUUUGUUCAGAUAAGUUGUCGUGAUCCGGUGGAAAUAUAUAGGGAGCUUAGGGAUGGUAUUAAGUGUGAAAAGAAAACACGAGGUGAUUGGGAUACGUUGAUUGAGAUAUUUAGGUGUUUUGCUAAGUCGGGGUGGGCUUCGAAUCAGGCUUUAGCCGUGUAUAUUGGGGCUUCAUUUUUUCCUACAGCAGCUCAGAAGUUUCGGAAUUUUUGCCUUAAGAAGUGUAAGGUUGAUAUAGUGAAGUACUUAGUGUCGCUUGGUCCGGGUAUUGAAGCUGAGAAGUUUCUGUUUCCGAUUUUCGUGGAGUUUUGCUUAGAGGAGUUUCCUGAUGAGAUAAAGAACUUCAGAAAAAUGGUUGAGUCGGCGGAUUUGACAAAACCGCAUACUUGGUUUCCGUUUGCCAGGGCGAUGAAGCGCAAGAUCAUAUAUCACUGUGGUCCUACUAAUAGUGGUAAAACAUAUAAUGCAUUGCAAAGGUUCAUGGAAGCAAAGAAUGGGAUUUAUUGUAGUCCUCUAAGAUUGUUGGCUAUGGAGGUUUUUGAUAAGGUGAAUGGACUAGGUGUAUACUGUAGUCUUCUUACAGGGCAGGAGAAGAAGCACGUCCCGUUUUCUAAUCACGUUGCUUGCACGGUUGAGAUGGUUUCGACUGAUGAAAUGUAUGAUGUAGCAGUUAUUGAUGAAAUCCAAAUGAUGUCUGACACAUAUAGAGGUUAUGCAUGGACGAGGGCUGUACUAGGGUUAAAGGCCGAUGAGAUACAUGUUUGUGGAGAUCCGAGUGUUUUGAAUAUUAUUCGCAAAAUCUGUUCUGAAACUGGGGAUGAGUUGGUAGAACAGCAUUAUGAGAGGUUUAAGCCGUUGGUGGUUGAAGCGAAGACCCUUUUAGGUGAUCUCAAAAGUGUGAGGUCUGGGGACUGUGUCGUUGCCUUUUCAAGAAGAGAGAUAUUUGAAGUAAAAUUGGCGAUUGAAAAGCAUACUAAUCACCGUUGUUGUGUAAUAUAUGGUGCUUUACCCCCAGAGACACGAAGACAGCAAGCUACCUUGUUUAAUGAUCCAAACAAUGAGUUUGAUGUUUUGGUUGCUAGUGACGCGGUCGGAAUGGGUUUAAACCUAAACAUUCGAAGAAUCAUCUUCUACACCCUGUCAAAGUACAAUGGUGAUAGGAUUGUUCCCAUUCCCGCAUCACAGGUGAAGCAGAUUGCUGGAAGAGCUGGUCGAAGAGGAAGUCGUUAUCCUGAAGGACUAGCAACCACUUUGCAGCUGGAGGAUUUAGACUACUUAAUCGAGUGUCUGAAGAAGCCAUUUGACGAAGUUAACAAAGUUGGGCUCUUUCCUUUCUAUGAGCAGGUUGAGUUAUUUGCAGGGCAAAUUCCAACUUCUACAUUCUCCGAGCUGCUUGAUAGGUUUGGUGAAAGUUGUCGUUUGGAUGGUUCUUACUUCUUGUGCCAGUAUAACCACAUAAAAAAGAUAGCUAAUAUGCUGGAGAAAAUUCAAGGAUUAUCACUUGAAGAUCGUUUCUAUUUUUGCUUCGCCCCUGUUAACAUUAGAGAUCCAAAAGCAAUGUAUCAUCUUCUGAAGUUUGCUUCAGCGUAUGCACAAGCUCUACCUGUUAAUAUAGCAAUGGGCAUGCCAAAAUGUUCUGCUUGUAAUGAUUCGGAACUCUUGGAUCUUGAGACUAAACACCAAGUGUUAUCCAUGUACAUGUGGUUAUCUAAUCACUUUGAGGUGGAUAGGUUUCCAUAUUUCAAAAAGGCCGAGGCAAUGGCAACGGGGAUUGCGGAGUUACUAGGUGAAUCACUAGCAAAUGCUCGCUGGAAACCUGAGUUGAGGAAUGCUGUGAACCACAAAAAGCAGUCAGGAAAGACCAAGGAGAAACCGGACAACAACUUUGUCUCGGACACCAGCAGCCGCAGAAGGUUGCAGCGCGAUGCUGCUAGUUUAGCGGUUCAUGUAUACUAAUACAGGCAUCCAAGGAAAGCAGAUAGUGUUGUACAACUCCCUGAUAUAGUAGACUAGAAUUAGAAUCAUAACAAGGAAGAAUAUGCAAGUUUCAUCCAAAUGUUAUCAUGAGUAGGUUAGGGGUGACUCGAGGGUGAAACUAGUAAAGCGUUCGCUUUAGGCUCAAAAAUACCGUGAAGUUAAUGAUUUUAUUUUCCCUUAGGAGACGUUUGGUUACCGUGUAAGGCCCAAUCUAAUACAUGAAUAACUUAGCUUUUCAUGUAUUAAUUUAAUACCUUGUUUGGUUUGCAAAUAGGAUAGAAUUUAUUCAUGUACUCUUUACUUUUUGUACAAUGUUGUUUGGUUGGUAGUUUUCAAAUGUUGUAUAAAAGUUAAUUCAUGUAUUAAUC